AGCCAACAAGCAAGCUCCACCAAUGAAACACAUCCACGUGUCUUAUUCUUAUUGGCUGUUUUCAAGCAACCUUCUUCCUAUUCAUUCGACGGCGAACAAUCGGUACAUGAAAUUGAAAUCGAAGAACCGCAACAAAACACUCCGACAUUCAACACAUUAUGGGUCACCGGCUCUUUCUCCUCCUCUCCUGUUCUCUUCUCGCCGUUGCCUCUUUGGUCGCCGGAGACGACGCCUUCAUCCGUCAGGUGGUCGACGACCGAGUCCAGUCGUUGAACACGGAGGAGCAUCUGCAUCACUUCGGUGUCUUCAAGCGAAAAUUCGGUAAAUCAUACGCGUCACAGGAAGAACAUGAUUACAGGUUCACUGUCUUCAAAACUAACCUCCGCCGCGCAAAGCGUCACCAGAAGCUUGAUCCAUCGGCGGUCCAUGGCAUCACUCAAUUCUCCGACAUGACACCAUCGGAAUUCCGAAAGCAUCUCGGACUGAGAUCUCGUCUCAGGUUCCCGGCGGACGCCAGCGAGGCUCCGAUCCUUCCGACAAACGAUCUUCCCGAUGAUUUCGAUUGGAGAGAUCAUGGUGCAGUCACCAAUGUGAAGAAUCAGGGUUCGUGUGGGUCAUGCUGGUCGUUUAGUACAACUGGAGCACUCGAAGGUGCUAAUUUCCUUGCUACAGGGAAGCUUGAAAGCCUUAGUGAACAGCAACUUGUUGAUUGUGACCAUGAGUGUGAUCCAGAAGAAAAGGAUUCAUGUGAUUCAGGAUGCGACGGAGGUCUGAUGAACAGUGCUUUUGAGUACACUUUGAAAGCCGGUGGGCUUAUGAGGGAAGAAGACUAUCCUUACACAGGAAGUGCUAGUGGAAGAUGUAAAUUUGAUAAAAACAAGAUUGUAGCAUCUGUGAGUAAUUUCAGUGUGGUGUCCCUUGAUGAAGAUCAGAUUGCUGCUAAUCUUGUGAAAGAUGGUCCUCUUGCUGUGGCUAUCAAUGCGGUUUAUAUGCAGACAUAUAUCGGGGGAGUGUCAUGCCCAUAUGUGUGCUCAAAAAGGCUAGACCAUGGUGUACUAAUGGUUGGUUAUGGUGCUUCUGGAUACUCCCCAAUAAGAAGGAAGGAAAAACCAUACUGGAUCAUUAAGAACUCAUGGGGACCAAAUUGGGGAGAAAACGGAUAUUACAAAAUCUGUAAAGGUCCUAAUGUUUGUGGUGUUGAUUCCAUGGUCUCCACAGUCGUUGCAGUUGCCCAACACUAACAUUCUGCAAACCUACUAAACAUAUUUCUAAUUUCUAAUAAUUUAUUUUUAUGUACCAAUACUUAAUUAACAUAAAUAACAAUCUCACAUUCACACCUCUUUAUUAUUGUUGAUAGAUAGUAGUAGCAAACAAUACAUUAUAAUUUAUAAAUAAAUAAAUAAAGUAUAAAGUAUAAAGUACGUGGUGAUUUGUAAAGAGUGUGAAAUAAUUAAACAAUCAUUCAUCCUCAUCACCGAGUAACAUGAAGGAGAAAGGAUGGAAUUUGUACCCAUCUCCUUCAUAGAACUUGUUUUGAAACUCCACCCAGUGAAGUCUUAAUGCGUGUAGAAAGGCACUAAGAGUUUCCAUCACU